UGUCCGCCCGCGCCCGCCGCGCCUCCGCCAGACGCUGCCCCCCGCCGCCAAACUCACCACCAUCUUCUGCAUGUGCAACAUUCGCAGCCGGACACACUCCUCCGCUCCCCGGCGAUGGAGACUGCGGGAAAAAUGCGCCGCGGCGGCGUGGCUUGCUGAAGCGGCAGCCGGGAGAGAGGCAGAGCGCGAGCGGGAGAGGAUAGCGGACAAAUUCUAAAACAAAACCGCCGAAAAAAAAAAAAAAAAAAGAGAGAGAGAAAAAAAGAAAGAAAGAAAAAGGAGGAAACCUCUCUUUUUCUCCCCCCUCCCCCUUUUUUUUUUUUUUUUUUUUUUUAAUUCCUGGUUUUGUGUGCAUCCUCCUCGCCCUCGAUGCCUCUUUGAGCAGCAUCCAGCGAGCGAGCGGGAGAAGGGGAGACAGAGAGGCAGAAGAGAAGAUGAGGAUAAUUUGCAGACAGCUUGUCUUGUUGUUUUCUGGCUUUUGGGGACUAGCAAUGGGAGCUUUUCCUAGCAGCGUGCAAAUAGGUGGUCUCUUCAUCAGGAACACAGAUCAGGAAUACACUGCUUUUCGAUUAGCAAUCUUUCUUCAUAACACCAGCCCCAAUGCAUCCGAAGCACCUUUUAAUUUGGUUCCUCAUGUAGACAACAUUGAAACAGCUAACAGCUUCGCUGUAACAAAUGCCUUUUGCUCCCAGUACUCUAGAGGAGUUUUUGCCAUUUUUGGACUGUAUGAUAAGAGAUCAGUACAUACCUUGACCUCAUUCUGCAGCGCCUUGCACAUCUCCCUCAUCACGCCCAGUUUCCCCACGGAGGGCGAGAGCCAGUUCGUGCUGCAGCUGCGGCCGUCCCUGCGGGGAGCCCUCCUGAGCCUGCUGGACCAUUAUGAAUGGAACCGCUUUGUUUUCCUGUACGACACAGAUCGAGGUGAGUCGGGACCCACCUUCCUCAUCUUCGCCAUUCAAAUGUCUUUUGCAAGAUCUGAGGACUUUUGUGUGCCGUUGAGAGCUUGGGGAGCCAAUUUUUAG